GACAUCUGUUUGCCGGAUUCAUUCUUCUUCGUGAUUCAUAUUUUUUUGGAAACAAGAAAAAGGCUUGAAAGGCGAUCAAAAACAUGGCCAAAAACACGUCAAGCAGCGCGUUCCGCAAGAUCGAUGUGGACCAGUACAACGAGGACAACUUCCGGGAGGAUGACGGCGUAGAUAGCGCCGCCGCGGGACCGGACGAGAGCGAGAUUACGACGCUGCUGACGCAGGGAAAAUCCGUGGAGGCGUUGCUCAGUGCCCUGCAGAAUGCUCCACUGCGUUGCAAGAACCAGAAUGUGAAGGACAACGCCCUGAACAUAACCCUGCGGGUAUUGCUGUCCAUUAAAUCGACACAGAUCGACCAGGCCAUUGAUACCGUGGACCAGAACGACCUUAUCGACGUGCUAAUGAAGUACAUAUACCGAGGAUUCGAAAUCCCUUCGGAGGGUUCCAGCGGCCACCUGCUGCAGUGGCACGAGAAGGCGUUCGCCAAGGGAGGAGUGGGAUGCAUCGUACGAGUCCUGUCGGAUACGAACCGUGCCUAGACGGGAUAACCAUUUACCAAAGGCUGUCAUUGAGUCGUCGUCAUCACCCCUACUCCCUUCCAACUGAUUCACUUGCAUCGCGGAGCAUUUAACCAACUCUGGGCAUAAAGCUUAUCCCCUAGGAGGUGACUUGCGCCCUAAGCUGAGCCCCUCUGUUCUGUUCUUUUGCUGCAAUACAAAUGACAACGUUUUCCAAAUUAGAUUUUAACUGGUAUCCAAGUAUUAAAGUUUUUAUUACAAAAUAUGA